GCUGCUACAGUCAGCACACAUCCCUGUCUGGUCAUGUUCCCUUCCAAGUCCACUGCUAUGGCACUAGCGAUUCUUCAGGACUGGUGUGGGUGGAUGGGUGUCAAUGCCCAGCGCUCACUGCUCAUCCUGGGCAUCCCUGAUGACUGUGAGGAAGAAGAAUUCCAGGAGGCUGUGCAGGCUUCCCUCAGGCCCCUGGGCAUGUACCGAGUGCUUGGCAAGGUCUUCAGAAAGGAGAUUGGGGCAAAGGUCGCUUUGGUUGAAUUCGCUGAUAAUUUAAACCAAAGUUUGAUCCCCCAACAAAUACCAAAUGAGAGGGGGCCCUGGACUGUGAUCUUCCUGCCUCGGGUGCCUGAUAUAGAGUCACAGGAUACAUUCAAUUUCCCUGCACAGGCUCAUGGGCAAGCUUUGGAAGGGGCUUCAGGUGGGGCAGGGGCUUCAGGUGGGGCAGGGGCUUCAGGUGGGGCAGGGGCUUCAGGUGGGGCAGGGGCUUCAGGUGGGGCAGGGGCUUCAGGUGGGGCAGGGGCUUCAGGUGGGGCAGGGGCUUCAGGUGGGGCAGGGGCUUCAGGAGCUAUAGGUUGGGCAGGAGCUGCAGGUGAGGUAGGAGCUGCAGGAGAAGGAGGCGUUUUAGAGGCAGGAGCAGGUGAUGAUGGGUCUGCAGGUGAAGAGGGGUCUGCAGGUGAUGAGGAAUCUGUGGGUGAUGAAGGGUCUGGGAGUGAUGAGGGGUCUGCAGGGGAUGUAGGAUCUGUGGAUGAUGGUGGGGCUGUGGGUGAAGCAGGAGCUAUAGGUGAGGAUGAGGCAGGAGCUGCAGGUGAGGCAAGAAUGUCAGAUGAAGAGGGAGCUGCAGGUGACAUGGGAGUUGCAGGCAUUAUAGGAGCUGUGGGGUUGGCAGGAGCUGCAGGUGAGGCAGGAGGUUUGGGUGAAGAAGGGGCCUUUGAUGUGGCAGGAGGGGCUCAUGGAGCUGGAGCCUGGACCCAGCAGUGGAGCCAAGCCCUGCAGCCCAUCCUGGAAAACAUGGCCUACCAGGAACUGAGACACUUCUCUGGGAUGGAAGAGCCUGGCUGUGGGGGUCAGUCUUUUGAAAGCUGGCUGGACCAUGCCAAUGACAUGCUAUACCUGUGGCGCCACAUAUCUGAGAGGGAGAGGAGGCGGCGGCUGGUGGAGAGCUUGGGGGGCCCUGCCCUGGAUCUCCUGUGUGAGCUUCUGGAAGAGAACCCAGAUACUCCAGCACAGGACUGCCUGGCCGCACUGGUGCAGGUGUUUGGCAACAAGGAUACUGUGAUGACUGCGAGGCUGAAGUUCCUGACUUGCUCCCAGCGGCCUCAGGAAACCCUCUUUGCUUAUGUGAUGCGCCUAGAAGGUCUGCUGCAGAUGGCCAUAGAGAAGGGGGCCAUCCAGCCUGCAAUGGUAGAUCAGGCGAGGGCAAGGCAGGUGCUGAUGCGGGCCCGGCCUAACCAGAUGCUGCAGAACAACCUGAGGAGGAUGCGGUUAGAGAGGAGGCCACCUGGCUUUGUGGGGCUGCUCAGGCUUGUCCGGGAGACUGAAGCAUGGGAGGCAGCUCUGGCUGAAAAUGCAGUGGCCCGAGUGGUGGAAGGGGUGGAAAUGCAUGGUGGAGAGCUGGAUGUAGCCCAAGCUGCUCUUGUGGGUGUUGGGGGUGCUGAGCCUGCCCCUGAUGUUAGAGAGUCGUUCCCAGCCAGUGAAGAUGCUGGCCAGGCUGCUGCUGCUGUUCUUGAGCAAGCUGCUGAGGACACUCCUUAUAGUGAUGGUGACACAAAGGAAGGUCCUGACUCUGAUGAGUCAAAGGUCUUUCCUGUCACCCAGAGAGAUGAAAAUGUGUCUGCCCCUGCUGGCUCAGGCCAGGCAGGGCUCACCGAAGGCCCUGGUAUGCCUGCCAGCUUGGCCUAUGCAGGAGAGCAAGAAGUAGAGCAGAAUGUACCAGAGGGGCUGAAGGAAGAGUCAGAAAAUGAGUAUGGGGCAUGGGAAGCUAGUCACCCCAAAUCCUUCUUUGGAAAAUAGGCUCAGAAGGUUCAGGGGCUUCCUCCUACCUCAGGCAGCUAAGACCUAGAGGCAGGCAAUGUAAGCCCAAGGCCUGUGCUUUACUCCAAAGGUACACAACGGCCCAGAAAAGGUUUUGCUCAGCCUUAAACCAGCCCCCUCUUUCAAAUCCCCAAGGGGUCCUGGCAACCACAAUCACCUCCCAUUUGAGUUAUCCAGGUGACCACAUUUGUCACCAAGUGAAGGAGGGAGAGGUACCCUUUCCCAUGACAGUGUCUCCUCCAGAUCUAAUCCUAAACUUUUCUGGCUUGGCUUGCCUGAAACACAUUUCUGAGGUCCAAGGCUCAAAAUUAAGGAUGUGGCCUGAGAAUCCACCUGUUCUAGACUGGAAGAUGUGGGAAAGAGGCCAUCCUAACACUUUCAGCUAUUUUGUUCUCCCAGCACAGGCAACCCACCUCCUCACAUUUGCAGUCUCUAGGCAGGUUGCUUUCUGCCAUGGGGGGUUCACCCUUAUCUGUCUGCCUCAUAGUGACCUAGCUGUCCAGAGUAUUCACCUUCACACACAAUCCCUCAUCCAUUGGUUUUUGGUAAAGCCAUGAAAUACAUUAACCUGGGAAAGUGGAAGUUCAGACUACCUGGUCAACCACUUCCACAG